CAUCCAUCGAAUAACGGGGACGAGGCUCAGAUAUCGGACCCUGAGCUUGAUCGGAGAUGACUAUAGACUGCUCUUUCUCCUGGUCUAAUGGACAAAUACACUUUACAUGAAGCAGCCGAGUUGAGCGACCGAGGGUCUAUAUAAAGAUCGCUAGAAGCAGGUAAAGAAAGGGUUCAAAACCAUGGCUGCAGCAAGCGACCCUGAGUGCUCUGUACAGCUAGGGAAGUAUGUCUAUAUCAAUAUGUUUACCAAGCUGGGCCAGGGGGCAUUUGGUGUGGUCUACAGGGGUAUAGAUACGAAGAGAAAUAUUGAUGUGGCGGCAAAGCAGCUCGAGAUCAAAGACGACAAAGGUGGCGCUGACGCUAUGUCAGAAAUCAAGACGCUCCAAAAACUCCCCCGCCAUGCCAACCUGGUGGCGCUGUACGAUUUCCACUUCUUCAGAAGUUCGUUUUGGGUCGUCAUGGAGUUCUGCAACUGCGGGGAGCUGAAGAAGUAUUUCGAUGACCACAAGCCGGUGGACCAAGCCACCAUGAUGGACUUUAUGAGGCAGACGGCCGCCGCCGUGGCCUUCAUGCACUCUCUACCGGAACCCGUUAUACACCGAGAUUUAAAACCAGGGAACAUAAUGUUAAAGCAGACCUCCUCCGACCCCCAACCAGUUAUAAAGGUCACAGACUUCGGCCUGUCCAAGGUGGCCGAUGUGGACUUGAGCAAGACGUUUCUGAUGACCACUGUGGCGGGAACCCCGUGUUUCAUGGCUCCAGAGCAGUUUGCUAAGGAACCCUACACCGCCGCUGUGGACGUGUUUGCGCUGGGGUUGAUCUAUUUAGGGAUGAUAUAUUAUGAGGAAAUAGGAGACAUUUUGCCUUUUACAAAAGAGACCCACUCCAGUGGAAUGUUACUUCCGCCUGGCAUGUUAAUACUCCAGUCAAGUAAAACAGGAAUGCCCGCUCCCGAUCUGGUACAGCACAAGACGGCAGACAACACUGCGUUGACGCAGUUGAAGGAGCUGAUUGGUCAGAUGAUCAAGGUACGGGCGAAAGAGAGGCCCAAGUCCGCAUUAGUGCACGAGAAGUUGAGGACGAUGUGCGGUUUUUCAGCCGAUGUCUCCACUCCUUCAACUCCACCUGGCGGCGAUACCACUGAUGUAAAAACGACUCCAGGUGGUGCCACCAGUAGCUCUAGCAGUGACAGCACCAACACCACUACGAGCGAAGAAUCUGGGGAAGAUUUAGGAUAUCAGCUUUUACAACAGGCCGUUCAACAGAUGAUGGAAGAAAAGCUUGAAGAGCGGAAGGAGAAGGAGAAGGAAAGCGAAGACCUCCUGAAGCAGAUUCGCCGUGGCGCGCCCCUUCUUGAAUUGUUGAUGCGGCAAGGUUUAGAUGAGAGCUCAGAGGAAAAAGAAGGAGAGACAAAGUUUAAAAAUGGCGACAGGGUCCGCGUAACCACUGAUUAUGUGAAAGCCAAGGAACUGCAAGAAAACUACGGAGGCUGGAAUGAAUUCAUGCGGCCGUAUCUUGGCAAAGAGGGGAAAGUGGAGCGAAAAAUACUACACGUCGUCAAAGUUGGAUUUCCAGACGGACAGAUAUGGUCUUUUAAUCCUGAACUGUUGACGAAACUGACUGAAGAUGGCUCUGCGGUCGGUGGAACCUCUCCAAGCGAAGCUGCAAAAGAAACCAAGCGAGACAAAAACACAUCCCACGAUGAGAUAGUCCGCGGCUUGUUCAAACGGUUUGAUGUGGUACAAAUAGCCGAAGAAGCCGAAGUAGUGAAACUUCUGCAAAAAGGGCAUGGGGGUUGGAAUGAAAAGAUGACAUUGUGUCUUGGUAUCAAGGGACUCAUCAACAGAGUGGACAAAGACGGAGACGUUUUUGUGGAGUGCAUCAACGGGGACGAUUGGACCUUCAACCCUGAAAUUCUAAUCAAGGUAGAAGAUGACCCCAAUGCCGAAAUCGAGGCUGGUGAUUUCGUCUUGAUAAAAAAUGUCGCUAAGAGCGAGGCUCAGGAACUCCAGAGAAAUCACGGAGAAUGGGCGAAUGGAAUGGAACGGUCUCUAGGACACACAGGGAUAGUGAAGGCCGUUCUGAAAGGGGACAGGGUCCGAGUGGAGGUGGCAAGACAUGUGUGGAUUUUCAACAAAAAACUCGUCAAGCUGGUCGCCAAAUCAGAGGAGAUGCUGUUGGCCAUUUUGAAAAGGAAAUUUGGCAUGUGAAAAGUUUUCAUGUGACCAGGUAAAAGACGGCGGUUAAAAUAAAGACAAUGAGACAUGCAGUCAGCACUGUAGUGAAUUUUAGCAGCGAAACUUUUUGUGUGUAUGCACCAUGACAAGCUGAAUGCACCAGGUGUAGUCAGCGUUACAUUUUAGAUUUUAGCGCGAUGUAAUAUCUUUUGAACCACAAGCCCACGCACGAUGUGUGCCAAGGAGUAUAUCUAGUGAACAAUUAAUUUUUUUAAAAAUUUUAUAUUAUUUCCAUUUUGACUAGGCAUAUUGAAAACACUAUUAUAACAUGAAAAGCUAAUUUAAGUUUUGUUUUGCUAAGUUGAUGGCGUAUUAAAUUUUUCAGUGUAAUCAUUUGUAUUCCCCGCUAUUGUUAAAAGAAAUGAUCUAUCUAUCCAUCUAUCUCGUUAAAAGGAAAUAUUUACAUUUUAUGAAGAUGUACUUAUCAAAAAAUGUUCUCUAUAACGGUGAUGCAUUCCCCGAGCUCUUGAACUGCUUAAUGAAUGGAACAUAUUCACUUAAAAAUGUGUAAAUGUGUACAUUGUGCAUGCAUAAAGUAUAAAUAUAAUAAAAAGUAUGUUGCCUUUGGUAAUAAAUGUUGCCUUAUUAGGUUUUUGCACCCAUGCAGUAGUUUAAUUAGUGUUAAGUUGAUCACUUUUUUUAUUUUUCUAUUGUUCUCUUCGUGUCAGUCUAUGUUUUUUAAAGAAUAAAUUUCAGAUGAGCUCUGCAUCUAUCAAGGGGAAUCAUUUCACAUAUUCUCUUUCACACUUGCAGGAAAUAAAUAUAGGACUGAAAUAAGCUUUAGGUGGAUAAUCUGUCUCAUUAGUAAAUUUUACAGUUAUACAGUUUUUUUUGCGGAAAAUUAAUUUUUCGCUCAACGACAUAUUAUCAAGGUGUGACUUUGAGCUUACAUUGGAUUGAAGACCUUUGCAGGUCAUGUUACCUGUUUUGCAUGGAAAAAAGUCAUUGUUGAUUGAGUGUACCAAUAUAAGCAUUAUUUAUUAUUGCAUCAAAAUUAACAAAAUGACCUAUUUUGUACAUCUUUAUUUUCUAUUUUUU